GAAGAAGAAGAGGAAGACCACGCAUGCGCUCCACCCCUCCACCACAGAAGUCAGUCUCCCUUUCCACCUAUCUCUCUCCUCUCUCCACGCUCGUCAAUGCUCCUCCGUGUACUGGUGAGAGGAGCACGUAAUGGCCGAGUGUUCCAGAGUGGACUAGACCCAAGAGGAGGAGGAGGAGGAGGAGAAAUAGGCCUCCAAAGAAAGUUUUUGUCCUCCCUCAGAAGGCCUCUCGGUCUCCUGGCCUCGACCGCUCUCAGUUUCAUCUCAUCGUACAGGAUCCACCAGGCUGCGUGUGCGGCCAGCAUGGGUGUUAAGGUGCAGGUGGACGGCAUCGUCAAGUCUGAGGAGGACCAGCGGCUGUACCGAGCGCUCGUCCUCAACAAUGACCUCAAAGUGCUGCUCAUCUCGGACCCCGCCACGGAUAAGUCCGCAGCGGCGCUCGAUGUCCAUGUGGGCAGCAUGUCAGACCCGGCGGAGCUGCCCGGUCUGGCCCACUUCUGCGAGCACAUGCUGUUCAUGGGCACGGAGAAGUACCCGUGUGAGAACGAGUACAACAAGUACCUCUCGGAGCACGGCGGCUGCAGCAACGCCUACACGGCCGCCGACCACACCAAUUACUACUUUGACGUGGCGCCCGAUGCCUUCGCUGGGGCCCUGGACAGGUUCGCCCAGUUCUUCGUGACGCCACUCUUCACCGAGAGCGGCGUGGACCGUGAGGUGAACGCCGUCAACUCAGAGCACGAGAAGAACAUCCAGAACGACUACUGGAGGUUGGCGCAGCUGGAGAAGUCAACAGCGGACCCGACGCAUGACUUCAGCAAAUUUGGCACAGGCAACAAGGAGACGCUGGACACCCUACCCAAGGAGCAGGGGAUCAAUGUGCGCGACUCCCUGCUGCAGUUUCACGCCAAGUGGUACUCCUCAAACAUCAUGGCCCUGGCGGUGCUGGGCAAGGAGAGCCUUGACGAACUGGAGGAGAUGGUGUUGGGUCUCUUCAGUGAGGUGGAGAACAAGAGCGUCACAGUGCCGGAGUGGAUCACGCACCCCUUUGGCCCCAAGCAGUGCCGGAAAGUGGGUUAUGUCGUGCCGGUGAAGGACAUCCGCAACCUCUACGUCACCUUCCCCAUCCCUGACCUGCACCCCUACUACAAGACUGCUCCCGGGCAUUACUUGGGUCACCUGAUAGGACAUGAAGGCCCGGGGUCACUGCUGUCCUACCUCAAGGGGCGCGGCUGGGUCAACUCCCUCGUUGGUGGCCAAAAGUCGGGGGCGAAGGGAUUUGCGUUCUUUGUGGUUAACGUGGAUCUGACGGAGGAAGGGAUCGAGCACGUAGAGGAUAUUGUUACCGCGGUGUUUCAGUACCUCAACUUGCUGAAGGAGGAAGGGCCGCAGCAGUGGGUGUUUGACGAGUGCCGUGACCUCAGCGCCAUGACCUUCCGCUUCAAGGACAAGGAGCAGCCACAGUCCUACACGUGCGGCCUGUCCGAGCAGCUGCAUUACUACCCAUUGGAGGAGGUGCUGUGCGGGGGUUACCUGCUCAGCGAAUACAAACCAGAGCUCAUCAACAUGGUCUUGGAACACCUCACGCCAGAGAACAUCAGGAUCGCCGUGGUGGGGAAAGCGCUGUCGGACAAGGUGACCUGCACGGAGAAGUGGUACGGGACCUGCUACAAGAUGGAGUGCGUGGAGGAGGAGCUGCUGGGGCGCUGGAGGGAUGCUGGGUCCAACCAGCUGCUGCGCCUCCCCUCACGGAACGAGUUUGUGCCCACCACCUUUGACCUCUAUAAGGACACUCAGGAGAUCUCGCGGCUGCCGGAGAUGAUCAGCCAGACGCCUCUUGCCCGCGUGUGGUUCAAGCAAGAUGACGAGUACAAGUUGCCCAAGGCCGUGGUGUACACCGAGCUGUUCAGUCCCGUGGCAUACCUGGACCCCCACCACACCAACCAGCUGCACAUCUUUGCCCAGCUGUUCCGCGACGCCCUCACGGAGUACACCUAUGCCGCAGACCUGGCCGGGCUCACCUACUCCCUCUCCAACAGCAAGUAUGGGCUGACGCUGCUGGUCAAGGGCUACAACGACAAGCUCCACGUCCUGCUGGAGAAGAUAAUGGAGCGUAUGACGUCCUUCCAGGUGGACCCCAAGCGCUUCGAGAUCCUCAAGGACGCUUACGUGCGAGCGCUGCGUAACUUCAGCGCCGACCAGCCCCACCAGCACGUCGUCUACUACACGUCGCUACUGUUGGCGGAGCACGGCUGGACCAAGGAGGAGCUGCUGGAGGCCACGAACGAGAUGACGGUCGAGAACUUGGAGGCGUUCAUCCCGCGUUUCCUCUCUGGCCUGCAUGUGGAGAUGCUCAUCCACGGCAACAUGAUGCGGGAGAGUGCCGUGACCCUGGCGUCCACCCUACAGGAGCAGCUGACCUCAAGGGCACACACACGACCUCUCCUGCCCUCCCAGCUGGCCCGGCAGAGAGAAUACCAGCUGAGGGAUGGGACCAGCAAUGUGUACCAGGCUGAGAACACUGUACACAAGAGCUCGGCGGUGGAGACCUACUUCCAGUGUGGGAUGCAGGCUACCCACAACAACAUGCUGCUGGAGCUGCUGUGCCAGAUCUUCGCAGAGCCAGCCUUUGAUGAGCUCAGGACCAAGGAACAGCUUGGGUACAUCGUGUGGUGCGGCAUCCGUCGGGCGAAUGGUACCCAGGGUCUGCGGAUCAUUGUGCAAGGCGACCGUCACCCCGAGUACCUCACCUCCAGGAUAGAGGCGUUCCUACACAAGAUGGGGGAGAACUUAGAGAAGCUGCCAGAGGAGGAGUUCGUACGUCACCGCGAGGCUCUGGCCAGCAGGCGUCUGGAGCGGCCCAAGAAGCUGUCCCACCUCACGGCCAACUGGUGGGCCGAGAUCACGUCCAACCAGUACAACUUCGACCGCGACGCCGUGGAAGUGGCCCACCUCCGCACCCUCUCCAAGCAGGAUAUUAUUGACUUCUAUAAGCAAUUUGUGAGCAGCGUGGCAUCGCAGCGGAAGAAGCUGUGUGUGCAGGUGACGUCCAUGGCCCCGGGAGGUGCUGGCCACCCAGACACACCCAACCAGGGCCGCACCGAGCCUGAUGAUGGCCUGGCACUCCCUCCACCGCUGCAGGAGCCUGAAGUAAUCACAGACAUUCCUGAGUUCAAGCAGGGCCUGGCCUUGUACCCUCUGAUGCGGCCACUCAUCCCGGUCUCCACCACCACCACACCCUCCAAGUCCAAGCUGUAAUAUGUUCCUCUACUCUCUCCUCCUCCUCUUUUUACCCUCCUCUGACCCUUCCUCCCCUUACCUUCCUCUCCCUCCUCCUCCUUCACACUUCAAGCUGUAAAUAAUCCUGCACUCUUUUCUCCUCCUCCUCCUCCUCCUUCUCUUCUUCCCCCUUGUCCUCCUCCUCCACUCUUCAUCUCUUUCUCCUCCUCUUCCUCUAAGUCAAAGUUGGCCUUUUAUAUUAGCUCCUUUUAAGUAAGUCUCGAGGCAGCAUUGGCGGUGUUUUGAAAUUAGUGUACGUAGCUUGUUUUCCCUUCCUCCUAGUUUUUAUUUUUCUCCUCCCUGGUCUCCUUCCUCCUCCUUUCACUCAUUUUAUCAUUUCUUCCGUCCUUCUUUUCUCUUCCUCCUGAGUAUCCGUUCUUCAUUCCCUUCCCCUUAAUACUAUGACAAUUUGAUACUACUACUACUAUUACUACUGUUACUAUUUCUUCUGCAACCUCUUUUAUUAUGUUUGUGAAUAGACAGACAGACAACGGACAGCACGAACAGCCCAGAACAGAUCUUUUCAUACUACUCUGUUAAGUUUGCAAGACUAGCUAUUCCCUACUAUCAGGACCUUUGUAUCGAGUCUGAACCUCGGAGAGAAAUAUAUUACUACUACACAGUGAAGAA